GAAGACGCCAUCUUGUAUGCAAACGGGGUGCAUGUUUCUGUGUAAUUAAGACAGUUGUAUGAGUUCAAGGAUGCUAGAAGCCUCAAAAUUUAUAGUUAUGUGCUUAGUGAUUGCCCAACAUGCUGUACCAACCGGAGCACAGGAGCUAACAAAAGAGCAACGUGAGGCAGAGAUGAUUAACUGUUACAACAAAGAACAAGAAAAGCUUUUGAACACUGCAAAAAACCAAAUCAGAGAGUUAGAAAGCACAGACGAAAGACAUACAGGUUUAGAAAUAUAUACAACACUAGCUGUUUCUAUUAUUGCAUUAAUAAUCCUUAUAUUUGGAUUAUAUAAAAUAGUAUGUUGCGCAUGUAAAGAUAAGACGUUUGUAAUAUCGGCAAAACAGAAAGUUGCCAAUCUAAUACCAUUUGUUGAAAAAAAACAAAUGGAGGACUAUAUGAAGAAAUACAUGGACGAAGAGCUUAAAAAUUUUAAAGUUGCUGUAAAAGACCUAAUGAAUACUAAACUGAAUGAACACAAUUCUAAUAAAAAUCAAGUUCAAAACAAUUCCAAGAAAACAAAAGACAACCCUUGUGUGAGAACAUCAUCUACGUCAGACCAUACUGACGAGGGAACACCUAAAAAUGAAGACCAGGAACCUGUUGAUCAUAAUUACCAAUCAUUGACAUUAGAAGCUAUUGGGUCAACAAAAAUGUGUGACGAUGAGCAAUCUGACGACGAAGGGAAUGAAACUGAAAGGACGCCUUUAAAUAAUGAUAUAAAUAUGCAAUAG